GCCCUAAUACGGACAUCGCUGUUGCGAAACUGCACCACGCAGUGUGUUGUGAUAGUAUAAGAAAAUAGUUUAUAAAAAUUUGUAACUGUUUUUGUUCUACGUCGUCCGAGUAAUGCAGCAAUGUGCCUUCGCUUUGAUGGGCGCUCCUGCUGCUAUUGUAACCAAAGUAAACUAUUCAGCGCCGUCGACGAAUUUGACGCCGACGUCGUCAAAAAAUCCAAUUAACAGCUAACUCAACACUUAGGUGUUCUAAUUACAAAUAUACGGCACCCACGUAUAAUGGCAAUAAAAAAUGUUCUAAAUGGCCUCAUAAUUCGACGCCGUCGCCUCAUCCUUUACACCAUGAUCACAUCAUUAGUCACAUCUGCUUUAGUAAUGCCUUCAGUUGAAGGAUUGUCAGCAUCAUCACCAUUGCCCGAAGACUCAAGCGAAUCGGAUCUGCAAGCGGCAAAGCCAACUCCACCUGGAAUACCGCACUGUGUGGAGCAGCAGGAACGAAGCAUUGGACGAAGAUUAUUGUAUAUCACUACGCUGGAUGGUCGGCUUAGCGCUUUGGAUAUUGCAAAAUCAGGCAAACAGCGAUGGAGCAUUGAAACGGGACCCGGCCCACUCAUCUCAUCGAGCAUUCAUCGCCUAGAGCUAACUAAUAAUGGACAGUUUGUACGCAUGAUACCAUCCCUGAGUGGAGGUAUUUACAAAUUCGAUGGCGAUUCCAUUGAUCCCAUACCCAUUACUGCAGAGAACUUGCUUAGCUCCAGCGCUAAGUUCAGUGAUGAUCUUGUUAUCUCCGGCGGCAAGGAGACACGUAACUAUGGCGUAUCCGUGAGAACUGGGCAGCUCCUUUACGAGUGUUCCAUAAACGGCUGUGUGAAUGCCACGAAUGAGGAGCGUGUCAUUAACGAUACAAUUAGCGCACAAGAUAAGAAUGAUCAUAAUGAAGAGCAUGCUGAUGAGGAAUUGAGGGAUGAAGAUGGUUACAUUGUUCCUCAUAAUUCGCUUCUGGACGACGUUAUCGUUGUCCGUCGACAGACUCAAACAGUACGGGCCGUAGAGUCGCGUACAGGCAUUGAGCGCUGGAAUUUUAGCGUUGGACAGCACGAAUUGAAUUUGAUUCGAGCCGAUGACUGUCAUGAGGAGCCCCGUAGCGACAUUGAACUGGCUGUCUUGGAUGUGGAUAUAAGAGUUGUAGUACCAGAGGGCAUUGUAUGUGCAUUCAGCAAGAGUGAUCCCCAGCUGAUGCUGUGGAAGCACCAGUUUAGCAAUCCCAUCGUAAGUGUGUGGCACACAAAUGAAGCCGACGAGUUGGAGUCCAUCGAUCUUUUUGGUUCGGCUCAUUGGCAGGCUGAACAACACGUGGAAGGCAAGCCUAUCCAUGCGCCCUCCAUUUAUCUGGGCAUGUACGAAAAGCAGUUAUAUAUACAGGAGUCCAUUCGAUUGCGAGAAGAAAUUAUGUUUCAGUCGCAGCAGUAUCAACAGCUUUCGGGCGAUACAAGUUCUCUGCCGCGAAUACCCUGGCGGCCGAUUGCAGCAAGUAAAAACUCAUUAGUGCUAUUUCAGAACGAGCGCGAUCAAGUAAUCAUAUCUGAGGACUAUGGGAGAAAUGAAUUAGUUCGAUAUGACGACCAGAACUUGGCAGUGGCGGCGCAGUCUGUCUUGAAUGCCUCUGAGUUUGUAAAUGGCAAUGGUUUCUACUUCUACACCGACUCACAGCUGGCGGGCAAGCAAAGUGGUAAGCUGGAAUGUGGCGCUAAUGAGACACCCACUGACUUGCCUGCUAUAGAGAAGCCACCGAGCACUAACGAAGAAGAAGAAGGCGGCAAAUCGAAUGCAGCUGCCGGGAAUCAGAGUAUUAAUGAUGAUUUGGGCUUCAGUUUAGACGACAUUGAUGCACCUGUCAAAGUUAUCAUUCUCUCGCUUUGGUUCUGGUGGAAGGAGAUUGUGGUCAUUGCGUUUACUUCAGCGGUGCUGCUCAACAUGUUUAUGGGUCAUCGCAAUCAACGAGUGGAACGCGAGUACUUUGUCAUCGAGAGGCAUGUGCCUGUUCAGACGGCCAUUGAAGCGACGGAGGCAUCUACCCAGGCGCUUUUGGGGCCAGUGCAGUCCUUGGCAGGGAACCAUCACCAGCAGCGUGGAAAUCAACAUAACAACGCUUCGAGUGUUAGGCGCUUACAGCGGUCCAUUUCCGAGUCGACCACAAAUUCCGGUGAACAUUUUAUAUCGCGUUUCCAAUCAGACUUCGACCUCAUGCAAUGCCUGGGUCGAGGCGGAUUCGGUGUAGUCUUUGAGGCCAAGAACAAGCUGGAUGAAAAUCAUUAUGCGAUCAAACGAAUAACAUUGCCGAAUAAGGAGUCCUCGCGGCAACGUGUGCUGCGCGAGGCGCGGACCUUGGCCAGCUGCGAGCACCAAAAUAUCGUGCGAUAUUUUCAUUCCUGGGUAGAAACACCGCCAGUAGGCUGGCAGGAAGAGGAGGACCGUAAGCUGUUGGCACACGAAAUGUCAACUUCCAUACAAAUUGAAACUCCGGAUGGCAGCACGAUGCCAUCUUUUCCAAAUCAUCCACAUAAAAAGCAUCAUGAUCUAGCUUCUUGGGUCUCGGAUACUGUGAACAGCACUGCCUGUAGCAAUGAUUAUGGGCAUGGCGACAAAUCGUUCAGCCGCAUUGCAAAAUACAACGAAGAUGAUGAUGAUGAUUCGCUUAUUGAAUUUCGCAGCGAAUCACAGUCAGCGGCUCUCCAUGCAGACGAAAUAGACUUGAGCGAGGAGCAGCCGAUGGCACCCAGUAACGAAAUCCAGCAGCGUACUCAACCGACCGCUGUAUCCAUUGAUGUGCACUCUGAGUCCUUUGAUUUGAAGAACAUCAAUUACACACAGCAUCAGCUAUCUAAUUCAUUUCAAAUCGAAUCGGUUCGUUCGAAGGGCAACAGCAGCGGCACCGAUGAUGACGCUGAAAUAUCGCCCAGGCGCAAACCAUCAACUCUGGCGCUACAUCACACUCACAAUAAUCACAAUCACAACCAACAGAUGCAAUCACAGUCACACAGUAACCAGAUAGUAUUGUCAAACUCUACUACGCAGAACGGGAACACAGCUAAGCCGAAUAAGGUUUACCUUUAUAUACAAAUGCAGCUAUGCCGCAAGGAGAGUCUUCGCGAUUGGCUACGGGACAAUCGCACCGAGGCGCGUGCUGCGCAUAUCGCUCACAUCUUCCACCAGAUUGUGGAUGCGGUAGAAUAUGUCCACCUAAAGGGCCUAAUCCAUCGCGAUCUGAAGCCAAGCAACAUAUUUUUUUCCAAAGAUGGACAGAUUAAGAUUGGCGACUUUGGGCUCGUAACCGACAUGGCGGAUAUUCCAAAUAUCUUAAAUGAUUGCGGCGAUCAAUCCGGUCUACCGUCUUGUGCCCGCCACACGCAAUUGGUGGGCACACAUCUUUACAUGUCGCCAGAGCAGUUACGUGGUCAGAACUAUGACUACAAGGUGGAUAUAUAUUCGCUGGGCUUAAUAUUUUUUGAGCUCCAUGUUUAUUUUUCCACUGAAAUGGAACGCAUUAAGACUCUUCGUGCCUUGAGGGAUGGCCACUAUCCUGAGGACUUUGUCAAACAACAUCCGGAGCAGUAUGAGUUGCUUCAAAGGAUGCUCUCUUCGCAGCCAGCGGAGCGGCCGCAAACAAAUCAGCUGAAACAGCAGCUGCACGAAAUUCUACAGCUGCCCGAACGCUUGGUAGAUGGCCACAGCGAACAGGCAGCGAUGGAGGCAGCCACGCGUCGGCUGAGUCGCAGCCGCACAUUUAGCAGCAACAGCGAACAGCAUCAGUGAUAAAGACAACAGCCGAGGGACGUUGGUGUAUGAACCCAUAGCUUUAAGUUAAAUUAAGU